AUGCCGUUCUCAUUGCCAUCCAUACCCUACCCACCUUCUGGGGAUGGUGUUUGGAAUCCUGUGACGGCAACCAUAAACUGGUGUGAGGAAGACUACUACGUCUCACCAUACGUGGCCGAGGUUGUAAAUACGUUCACCAAUGCCAUUUUCGUGUACUUGGCAUUGGUUGGAAUUUCCAGCUGUGUCAGAAACAAGCACCCUGGUGUAUUUCUCGUUGCAUACAUCGGUUACAUGAUAAUCGGUGUGGCCAGCAUCUUCUACCACACCACCUUGAAGUACUGGAUGCAACUGUUCGACGAGCUGUCUAUGAUAUACACCACAUGCAUCCUCUUCUUCGCAGUGUUUUCCCAUGGCAAAUCUGCCCUAGGCCAAACUCUCCUUGGCCUCUUCGUCACCAGCUUAGCGGUCUUCAUCACAGGUUACUACCACUAUCUCGGCGACCCGGUGUUCCACCAAGUCAUGUUCGGUAUUCUCACUGCUACAGUGGUGUUUCGAAGUCUCUACAUCAUGGAGAAGAUCCUACGGCCCAAAUUCAAAGCUCAAAGCAAGUCUGAACACCUUGAUGUAGACCUUCUCAAGACCAUGUGGACCCUGAUUACAUGUGGUCUAAGCGCCAUAGCAAUCGGCUUCCUGACAUGGAAUCUCGACAACAUCUUUUGCUCACAGCUGCGCGCCUGGCGUCGCGAACUUGGCUUGCCUUGGGGCGUGCUUCUCGAGGGCCAUGGAUGGUGGUGA